AUGUCAGGCUUCUUCGGCAUGGGUCGACCCCAACAGUCGUCAGCAGAGCGCAUCGCCGCUGCGGAAACCGAGAUCGAGCUCUUCACUGACAUGUUCCAACGACUAUCGAACUCCUGCACGAAGAAAUGCGUCCCCGCCGACUACCGCGAAGGCGACCUAAACAAAGGCGAGAGCGUGUGCAUCGAUCGCUGCGUGGCCAAGUUCUUCGAGGUGAACAUGAAGGUCAGCGAGAAGAUGCAGAAUGCGGCGCAAGGCGCGCAGGCUGGUGGCGGUGGUGGGGGCAUGUUUGGGAUGUAG